CUGCUUUCUGGAAAUAAAGAAUGCUCAAGUCUUCCUCCCAAUGCUCGCAGCUUCCUUCUCUCUGAAAGGAAUCUCUCUUUCCCUCAGCUUCUCCCCUCUCCUUCGCUGUAUCGACCUGCUUGGGUUUUUUUCUCCCCUUCUGCUUUCCGUGAACAAAUCUCCAGCUUCCAGUCCUUCUUCUGCCUCUGAUUCGUCUGUCUGGUUUCUCUGUGCAGCGAAAAGGAAUCAUCUUUGCCAAACUUUUUUUCGCGCCGCUCCUCUUUGCAGAGGUCUCCGAUUUUCGGUUUCUCUCCUUCCUCGCUCUCUCUCCCGCGCGUCCACUCUGCUUGCGUUUGUUCCCAGGCUCCUUCGCCUCUGCGUCUUUUUAUCCUCUGCGUCUCUCUCUCCUCUGCGUCUUUUUCUCCUCUGCGUCUUUUUCUUCUGCGUCUUUCAUUUCUGCUUUUUUUCACCAGUCUCCUCGUCAUCUCCUGUCUCCUUCCACCUCCUGCGUCUCCGCUUCCGUUCCUUCUCUCUCAGUCUCUGCUUGGCGCCCCAGCGCGAUGUCGAGCUACCAACGGAGCAACAACUUGCAUGCAUCGCGCGAAGCUGAUGAGGAAGACAGCGUGCAGGUUCUGUUGUGUGGUACGUCGGACGAGGGAACGAUAACCGACUUCGCACGAGAGCAGCAGCGCUCUGGCGGACCUCCCGCGUUCGCUCCGUUUCCUCCACCGCAGGCAGGAUCUGGCGAGGCUCUUCCUCCAGCUGAAGCAGACGCUUCAUUCGAUACCAGUCUGCGACCAGAGACGACUUUGGCUUCUGCCCUGGGCGACGCCGCUGCGCAGAGACACCCCACAGACGGUGUGUGCGUCGGAGAGAACAUCGAAGGCAUCCUCGAAUGCGCAGAGGACGCAACAGGAGGAGCAGGAGCUCUGUUUUCUUCUCUCUCUGGGCAACAAGUCCUCGCGUCGUCGCACCCUUUUCCUCUUCUUCGUCACCCGGCGGAGGCUCUCGAGAGCGCGCAUGCCACAGGGGAAAAAGCGGAAGGCGCUGAAGCUGUGAAAGGCGUUGCGUCUCUGCCGCGAGGCAGCCAGACGCAUGCAGGCGUCCCCGACGUCGAAGCUGCAACAGCUGAAGGAAAGGUCGUUAUGGAAUGGGAGGUGUCAAGAGAUCGCAAGUGGAUGUACGCUCGCGAUAAGUCUCAGUGGUUUAACUACGGCUUCGACGAGACAACGUUUCGAGAGUGGAUCCAAAAGCUCCGCGACGACAGAGUCGAAAGGUUAGCUCAUCGGUCGGUGCUUGUGGCAGGCGACGACGCUCUGCCAGCUCGGCAUUUCGUUCAAGGACCUCAAGUCGGUGGAGCGAGCCAAGGCUCCGCUCAUUCACACGAUUCGUUUCAUCGGUGACUUUCAUGCUCCACUGCAUGCACGCCCACGAGGUCAAACACAGAGACCUCCACAAAUGCGCGUGCACCACGGAUAUUUACAUACACAUACGCAUAUCUUGUACAUAUGUAUUAUAUAUAAAUAUAUAUAAUGUAGUUUAUGUUUAUAUAUAUAUAUAUAUAUAUAUGCAUAUCUGUCUGUAUAUUUAUAUAUGUAUAUGUGUGUGCCAAGGUAGAAUGCAAAAGUCGUUUUGGGAGUCCCAAGGAUUGUUUGAAGUUUGGAAACGCAUGGCAGAGGAAGCGCCUUCGGCCGCUGUGUGGGGAAGCAUGGACGGAGUCUGUUGAUUUCUGUUUGUGUUUUCUUCUGAGACAGUGCGUAUGUUUGGUUCUUCCGGGCGCAAACAUGAGCGGGAGAUUGCGCGUUUUAAUGGUAGAACGUAAUUUCUUGACAUUAUCCAGCUGAAGCAGGUUUCUCGUUAGACGCGCGUCGUUUCGGAAACUCC